CCGAAACACGAGGAUAAUAAAAUUAAAAACAACGUACAAGUGGACCCAGCUUUGAUGGCAAUACCGCCCAUUUAACCAUUUUUCAUUUCUAAAAAUAGAAUUUUUUUUAUCGAGUUUCAAUUUUUACAUCGUUUUUUUUUUAGACAAACCAAACCAAAUCGUUCAUAACCGAACCUUUCACUAAUGUAAGCAAACAAUGUAACUUUCCAUUAUAAAAGCAUAGCAGACCAAACUAAACCGAUAUAGUAUUGUCUCUAAUUACUCACAACAAACCAAAGUAAAAUCAGGUUAAACCGACCAGAUUUAACCAUCACCAUUUUUGUCCACUAAAUCCAUCAUCACUCAUCAUAUAUAUAUAUACACUUCACACACAUCCACAUUCCUUACUUCUUCAUUAUUCUCUCAAACUCAUCAUUCUUCUCUCUCUCUCUCUCUCCUUCAAUGGAAGAAACUUUAGCCACUCCCGACACCACGAGACGCUCUCUGUCACCGUCGUGCUCAGCCGCCGUGAAAUCACGCGCCGCUGGUUUCGAGCGCAGAACCAAACGGAGAUUGUCAGAGACUAACGCAAGCGUACGUGAAGACCGGGAAGAAGAAGAAGAAGAAGACGAGGUAAAGGAAAAGAUUGAGGCGUUGCAGAGGAUUAUCCCCGGAGGAACGGCGCUUGGUGUGGACGCGCUCUUCGAAGAGACAGCUGGUUACAUUAUGUCUCUACAAUGUCAGAUCAAAACCAUUAAAGUUCUUACUUCGUUUCUCCAACGCGUAGAUCAAGAAGACAUGAAGUUCGGAGGUUGAAGAUGACCACACCAAGAUUCAUCUUCUUCUCUUCAAUUCCAAAAAACCAAAAAAAAAUCACUUUUAUCUUCUCUUUUUUUUUCUUUCCUUUUUUUUAUAACAUGGGAUUUUAGCUUUGAUAUAUGAGGAAAGAGAUCUCAGCAUUUUUUUCUUCGAAAUCUUUUUUCUUGAGUAGGAGUAUAAUUAAUCUUUAAUUUUUAAGUUCUGGUUUAUUUAAGUCGUUUCGUAGUUAUGAGAAGUGUUCAUUAACGAGAAUUAGCAUUAAUGUAGCUAGGGAGUGUAGUUACACUA